AUGGUCUAUUGCGACAGAUGCGGCCGUUCAUUCAGCCACUACGGAGCUUACGACCAGCAUAGGCAAUACUCUUCUUCUCACUUCGUUUGCUGGGACUGCAACAUUGACUUCGAAAGUUGGGUCGGAUUGAAAGAGCACUGGGUCCAGAGCAAGAGGCAUUCAUAUUGCCAAUAUUGCGACAGGCAUUUCGACGACAACAGCAAGCUCAGCGAGCAUUUCGACGACGAGCACUAUCUUUGCUCUGGCUGCAACAUCGUCUUCAAGAACGAGCACUUCGGCAGCCAGAACUCCUUGAACAAUCACCUCAAUUCGUCUAUCCAUCGUCCAAAGGACGUUCCUUGCCCGAUGAGAGGAUGCGGCCAGUAUUUCAUAUCCCUCGCCGCAGUCGCUCUCCAUCUGGAAGCCGGUUCCUGCACAUCAGGCAUGGACAGGUACGCGUUGGACAGGCUCAUCCAGAAAUACGACAAGAACCACCUCAUCACCGACCCAUCGCGGCUCAUCAGUAACGGCGACUCGACCACCACUCGCUACUAUGCGACCGAAAUGGCGUACAACGAAUAUUACGACGAUUACGAAUGCUAUCUCUGCGAUCAGACCUUUAGGUCGCUGAGUGGGCUGAAUCAGCAUUUGGGCAGCGCGAAGCACCAGCAGGAGGUGUAUAUCUGCCGCUUUACAAGUUGUGGUCUCAGGUUUAGGGCGUUGAGUGCCUUGUGCCAACACAUUGAAAGCGGAAAGUGCGGGGCUCUUCGGGGCACUCCCUACAAGAGUGUUAUGGGGGGUCUCAUGGACGGUAUGAAACGAUUGACGGUUUGA